CCGGAGGGUGGGUGUUUCCGGCCGACCCCCGACGACGAAUUUCCAGCCUUCUGAUACCCCCACCCCCCCCAAAAAAAACCAUCUUUCCCCCUCAGCCUGCCCCGGGUUCGGGUUUUGUUUCUCGCCGCCAUGUCGGAGCCUCGGACCCCGCGCUUCAGCGAUAGAGCAGUGCAGGUUCUGCUGGAGCAGGUGAGGGCUCGCAGGGAGAUAUUUUUCCCCUCCGAGGGCAGGAGUGUGCCCAGGGAGAAGGUGCACCAGGCCUGGAUGGAGGUGGCACACUGGGUUAAUGCCAAGAGUGAGGUGCCAAAGACUUGGCUGCAGUGCCGCAAGAAGUUCAAUGGCCUGACCUGGACUGCGAAGGAGAAGUUGGCCCACAAAACAAGGAAAAGAACCAGUUGCGGGGAACGGCCCGCAUCCAUUCUAGAUCUCACCCAGAUGGAGCAGGAAGCCCUGGACAUCAUUGGGCCCAACAGCAGGAGAAACCUUGAGAAUGGCAAGGCUGGAGGCCAAGUACCACAGGAUCUGACUCAUUACCUAGGCUUUAUCGGACAGGAGAUGGAGGAGGAGCAUUUCACAGAAGAUGCACAGUCACCAGCCCCAUCUUUCCACUACAUCAGCACUGACCUAAACAUCUCCAGUGGAAUGGACGAUCAGCUAAAUGGAUCUUCACAUAAUGAAUUAUUCAGUAGUAAUGAACAGGAGCUGAACAUAGUGGAAAGGACCGUCCAGGAGACCGAUGACUCCAGGGCAACCUCUGGUCCUAGCUGUAUCGAAGAGGACAAAGAUGCAGAUCUCACAGGCCCAGCUUUUAGAAGAAAGAUUUUCCACGAGCAUCAUCAGUUGCUCCAAGCUUUGGACAAACUGCCAAAGAGCUGCCUCACGCUGUCUGAGAGUGUAGAAGAGUCUGCAUCCAUUUUUUGUGGGGUUGUGGCUCAAGGUAUUACCACCCUGCAGUCUACCAUGGAGCGCGUUGCCAACUCUGUCGAUGCAGCCAUGAAGCCCUCUGUCCAUGAGCCUGUGGCACCUACUUUGGCGUCAUUGAUUGAGGCUCAAACUAGUGCUAUUCAGGCUCUGGCAUGCACCAUUUCCACUAGUUUGGAAAGGUUGGGUGGGCGUAUUGAUAGGGGGUUCGGUCACAUCUCAGACCUUCUGCAGUCUGCUCUGCCACAACUCAAUGGCGGCAUUGAGUCACAGCCCCACAUGAGUGGGCCUGCUGGAGUGUCUCUUGCUAGCCUCUCUCGGGGUAACAGCACGUAUGAUCCUUCACCAUCUUCUGAAGCCCCAUCUCCUCCAGAAGCACCACUGAAUCUGCAGGUGGCGGUCAGAUCCCCUCGAGGUCGAGCACUUCGAGGCAGGCGUCCUUGAGCAUCCUUCAGACACUGACUGGGUUACACUAACUGCCAGUUCACUGAACUGAAGCCACGAGGGAUUCACAACUAGAAUAGCAAACGAUGACUUCAUAAAGGUACUACAAGAUGGUAUCUGGAAGACUGCUGCUAAUCGCAUAAGCAAUAAAAUAUUACUUUGUUUGCAAAUCUAAUUGAUGGUUUGUAACCAUGCUGCUGUAAUGUCAACUGUUGGGGACAUCUGUGUUAGUCAGUGGUUGGAGGUAUCGCUGGAUGACUGAAGACUUGAACAUGGGCACGAGCUAAGUAGACUACUAUUCAGGUAUGAAAGACCAGGAAAUGUGGUACACAGUAGCUUUUUUAAAAAUAAAUCUGUUUAACUUUCAGGCAAAACUUUUAUCAGAAGUUGGCACAAAGAGAAGUAAAAGGAAUAGGCCAUUCUGGCCUUUUGAAACUGUUCCACCAUUCAACAUGAUCAGUCCCUGAAGCAAGAGUUCCCAAAAUUUUUUAUGCCUUGGACCCCUUGCUAUAUUGGGACCUCCUUCCCUAAAGGUUAGCUUGCAGGUUGAGUCAGUAGAAAGGAAGGCAAGUGCAGCAUUGCCGUUCAUUUCAAGUGGACUGAAAUGUAAAAGCAAGAAUGUACUGAGGCUUUCUCAGGCAUUGGUCAGACCACAUUUGGAGUACUGUGUGCCGGUUUGGGCCCCAUAUCUAAAAAAGGAUGCACUGGCAUUGGAGAGGCUCCAUAGCUUUACGAGUAUGAUCCUGAGAAUGAAAGAGUUAAUGUAUGAGGAGCGUUUAAUGGUCAUGGGCAUGUACUUGCUGGAGUUUAGAUGAAUGAGAUGAUGGGGGGGGGGGGGGUGGCAUAAAUCUCAUUAAAACACACUGAAUAUUGAAAGGUCAAAAUAAAUUGGAUGUGGAGAGGAUGCUUCCAAUAGUGAGGGAGUCUAGGACCAGAGGGCACAAACUCAGUAGAAGGAGGUCCUUUUAGAACAAAGAUGAGGAGGAAUAUCUUUAGCUUGAAUGCAGUGAAUUUCGAAUUUUGCCACAGAUGGUUGUGGAGGCCAUGUCAUUGGGUAUAUUAACAUCGGAGGCUAUUAGAUUCUUGAUUAGUAAGGGCAUCAAAGGUUAUGAGGAGAAGGCAAGAAAAUGGGUUGAGAAGGAUAAUAAAUCAGAUGGAAUGGCAGUGCAGACUCAUUGGGCUGAAUGGCCUAAAUCAGCUCAUAUGUAUAUAGUCCUACUGCUCUGUCCCUGUAACUCUAUGAAGUUUUAAUAUCUAGAAAUCUGUAUACCUGCACCUUAAGUAUCUCCAUCGUCUUGGCUUCCUCUGUCUCCAGUGUUGGGGAGUUUCACAUUGAAGAAAUUUGUCCUCUGACUCCCAAAUGACUUGUCCCUGUCCUGAGAUUCUAACUUUUGUUAUUGCACACACCCUUCUUACAGGAAAGAUCCCUUGUGUAUUGGGUUUGUUGAGCCCUAUCAGAAUUCUGUAAGUUUCAAUGAGAUCUGCUCUCAUUUUUUCCUGAAGUCUAUUAGUAGUGGAGUUGUUAACACAUCCUCUUUCAGACGAUAGUGCUAUCCUCUGAACCAGUCUGGUGAUACUUUGUUGCACUCCUAUGACAAGUAUGUCCCUUGGGUUAGGAAUCCAAAACCACAUCAGGUGUUCCAGGUUGGCAUCACCGAUGGCCUGGGUAAUUGACUUGACUUUAUUUCUUACAUCCUUCACAUAUGAGUAAAAUUCAUUCUAACUUUUGUUUUCAAAACCUGUGCAAUAAAAGUUAAUGUGCCAUUUGCCACCUUAACCACAUGCUUACUUUCAUAGGCUGACGUACACGACACCCUUCCUACGUCAGCAUUUCCCAAUCUGUCACCCUAACCUGGCAAGGACAACUAGAGAACAAAAGGACGAUCAGGUCCUUUGGUUUUGAAAAUCAAGUUCCUUUGUCUCUUCGUUCAGCUGAGCCUUGUGGUGCUGAGGAAUUCCUAAGAGUUUAUUUUUGAAUUUUACUCUUGAGUAGUUCAUCUGUAAAUAGUCUACUUCACCUGGUCCCACCAUAGCUACCUCAACCUUGACAUUUAUCUCUAUAUGUUAGUAUCUCUUUGAGGUGACAUCUUUUGUAGGCAGCCAGGAGCAGCAUCACUUUCUGAUAAUUGAUCUAGUUAUCCUUUAUCAACAUGUUCUCUGAUUAUCCUCAAAUCUAAAUCCAUUUCUCAAUGGCCAGUUUGUAAUUUUGCUUUGAUUUCAUUGGUAGUGUCUCUGUUGUUCUACACUUGCUUCUCGUUCCUUAAACCAACCUAGCACUCUUCCCAAACCCUGUUAAUUCAGGGUUUCAAUUGCAUUUCUUUUUAUCCAUGUUAUGAUAUAGGAAUUGGUUUGCUCAAUGGCCCAAAUGGACUUUCCUUGAUGUAUGAUUCUGCAAUUCCUGGGGCCAGGGGUAGUGAUUUAAUGUCCUGAGUGAUUAUUGCCUCGAGAUUACCUUAAGAUCAAGCACUAAGAAUUCCAUAUCAAAAGAUUUAAGCCCUUUUCUAGGAAUUUGGCUGGGCUGUGGAGAAGAUUGAUGAUCAAAUCUUCAGAUGAAGAGCUGUGAUACUAGUUGUUCAGGAAGAUCUGACACUCAGGAUAGUUUGUUGCUGUUCCAUCUCUACUCCAGUUUUUGCUUUAUUGUCUCCUUCGCUAGACAAUAGGAGGUAGGUGGUUUUAUAAGCAGUAGAAGGGUUUAAAAAUUAUAAAUAUUUUACUGACAAAUACUUUUUCACAGUUUUGCCCGUUUGUUUAAUGUAAAGUCGUUCACUUUAAUAACCAAAAAGCAUAAAUUGCUGCAGGUUAUAAGUACCAGAGCUUCUACAAGUGCUGGAAAUCCAGAGAAGCACACAAAAUGCAGGUCAGGUAGAGUCUAAGAGAGUCAACAUUUCAGGCGAAACCCUUCAGGCAAGUUGUGCAGAUUUUAUGGAUAAAAACACAUGAUAAUUAAAAGAGACAUAGCAGGCAGUAUAUGUAUAUUUAUGGUUAGUAUGUGUGAUAUGUACAAGCAGUUGACUUUAAUAUCAUAGACAGGUUUAAAGUAACAAUGCAAUGAAGUUCUUUAUAUUUAGGAAUUAGAAAUUAUUAUGCCAUAAAAUAUUAUUAAUAAUAACUUAUUUAUAGAGCACUUAUCAUACAGAUGAUGUAGUUCAAAGUGCUUUACAAUGGGAUAAAAGUGCAAACAGGAAAAUAAAAAUAAACUUGAAAAUAAAAGAUAAUUAUAUUAUACCAUAAAAUCUUGAUUGUAUUACCCUUGAACUAAGUAGUUUUGAAUGGCACACUGUAGGAAUCUUAUGUUUCCUUAGAACGCUCUGAGACAAAAUUGGUCUUUCUCACUCCUGCACCCCUCCAUUCUCUCUCCCCUUGUCUCAUGCUCUGAAAUCUUAUUGUGGCAUUCUGUUUUUUUUUUAAUUGUAGGAAUGUAAGAAUUAGAAACAGGAGUAAACUACAUGGCUCUGUUGAGCUUGUUUGGUCAUAUCUUAGAUAAUUAUGUAUCUUAUCCACUUUUCUGUCUGAUGUUAUCAAAAAUUACCCUGGUUGUACUUAAUAAUUCACAAUCUUAAGAAUUGAAAACAUUGCUUUUCAUCUCUCCUCAAUCUCAAUCCCUAGCUUUAAGAUUUUAUCCUUGGUCAAUGUCCCACCUAAAUUUCAACUCAAUAAUGCCACAGCCUCUCAGCAUUUUUGCUCAAAAUUACGUGUGUCACAUGAAACUACCUGUCAUUCUUUCAAAUUUUGCUGAAUGUGGGUGCUUGGUAGGAUUAAAAAAACACAGUAGAUUAAUAUAUCAAUACAGUAAGUUCCUAAUUUUAUUUUCCUGCCUCUGACAUAAUAGUACUGUAUAUAGGAUUACACACAAAAUGCUGGAAGAACUGAGUAGGUCAGGCAGCAUCUAUAGAGGGGAAUAAACAUUCGACGUUUUGGGCCCAGACCCUCCUUCAGGAACACUAUUUACUAGGAUUAAUCUUUUGACAUAUAUAUGUUUUUACAAUUUUUUUCUAUAUGUCUUGCUCAUAAUUUUAAUUUCUUCUUCUAACCUUUAGACAUCCUUUCCAUUUUUAAGAACCUGUCCAAAAUGUCAAGGUUAUCUCUUGUUUGUUAUCAUUGGAACAGUGCUUCAUUCAAUCUAGUGUAGUCACAACCCACAGCUGAUCGCAUAGAUAUUUCUGAAUAAAAUGGGUAUUGCCACAGUAGAAUAGAGGUUAGCAUGAUACUAUUAGAGCUUGGGUUGUUGGAUUUUGGAGUUCAAUUCUGCCACUGUCUAUAAGGAGUUUGUACAUUCUCCCCGUGACUACACUGUAGGGUUUCUUCCUACAGUCCAAAGAUGUACCAGUCAGUAGGGUAAUUGGUCAUUGUGAAUUGUCCUAUGAUUAGACUAGAAUGAAGUCAGUAAGUUGCUGGGCAAGGUGGUUUAUUAGGCCAGAAGGGCCUGUUCUGUGCUGUACCUCCAGAUAAAAAUAAAAUAAUUAAAUUUGGGUCCUGUAAACUUUGCCUCUGAUUGGAUGUACAUGAAACUGAUGACCUUUUUUCCACUUGCCUGGAAGAAAUGGGAGUUAAGAUAAGAUUUUGAAAUAUUCAACCUCUCUCAUCGAAGAUUUGAUGAGGGAAGAGGCUUUGGAUGGAAGACGGGUGUAUCAUGGUAGCUUCCAGUAAGUGUUCUAAGAUUUUCUUGAGGUAUUGUUAUGAUUCCUGAUCAACUGAGCGAGAGAUGCUUCUUGUUCAGAUGCCCUAGAUGCACUCAGUCACGCCCCUUCCAGGGAAAUGUAUCAAAUUUUAGGCAGAUAAAUUUGGCAGACUGUUUAGAAAUGGUAUUUAAUGUCUAAAAUUAGGGCAGUGUUAUUUAUACUAGAGCAUCCUCUAGUAUAAUGAAUGGCCAAAUGAUUCAUUGUGCUCUGGGAUGACUGAAGGUGUUGUUGCAUUCCGAGACAGGUUCAGAAACACUUCUGAACAUGUGUUCCAUUAUGUUCCACAGGAAGUUCAAAGUAAACAACAAGAUAUGGAUAUUUCUCUCCCCACCCCCCUCCCCUGGCCUUAAACCACUGUGAUACAGGAGCCAGAGGGGAGAUGUCUAGAUGACCCUGUCAAUUGCUUCUACUUUGAUUUCCUUUAUACCCUGCUGUACCUCUUUCUCCAACCAGGAUGGAAUGAUUGUAUUUACUGCACUUCCUUCAGAACAACACUUAAUUGAGGGUCUUGAAAGCUUUGACUCAAGCAGUAGAAACCAAGUCUAAGGCAAGAGAAGGCUUUCUGCUAUAAAAUAGCAGUGAAGUUUUGGGCAGGAAUUGAUAACUCCUGUCUAUAGAUUAGAUUCUGUAGUUUACACAAUAAAUGUGCACAGUACAAUAAUUACUAGUGUAGGAUGUUGUUAGCAAUGCAUUUCACCUAUUUAAAAGCACACUAAUUCAUUUGAUGUCAAACUAUUGCAAUGUAAUCUCCCAGAAAUCAUUAUUUCACAACUUCCAAAAGCUGACUGAUGAAAUCAUUGUUUUAGUGCUAGCACUGAACAUGACUUAGAACAUAGAACAGUACAGCACGGAACAGGCCAAACAAUGUUGUGCCAAACCAGCAGAUCAAAAACUUGAUGAAAAUUGUUCUUCCCAUACAAUAAAGCUUGAAAACAGUGUUAGUGGGAUAACUAUCAGUGCAGUAUUAAUCAGAGUGCUUAAGGUGUCUUAAUGAUAUUUUGUUUAUUUUAUUAAUACUUUAUGGAAUUUUUAUCCGAAGCCACUGUAUUUGGUUAAUGUCUUUCUCUACAUAUCAUGUGCUGGGCCAACUCACCCGAUAUCAAUGGGAACACUGCAGUGUGGAUCUCCCAGCUAUGUUGCUUUUUAGAAUGGGAGAUGAUUUGGGAGGAAAAAAAAUGUCUGGUGUGAAGAAGGUUCAGCCUGAACUCCAGCUUCUCCUCCAAAGCCGUGACAGUUCUGUGAAGUUAGAUUGUAUCUAUGGUAUAUGUGUAUGUUUUAAAUCGGUUAUGAGGAACUAUGAAGUGGAGAAGUUAGGGAACUUUCUCUGCCAUAGGCCAAUUGGGCAAAAGAUUUCAAUGUAAUAUACAAUAUUUGACUUCUAUUUGCUUUGUGUAUCUGCUGUUGAAAAUAGUACUGGUAUAUAUUCUCAUGCUGUUUUGAAUUUAUCAAACCUUCCAAUUUGAUUUGUAAUUUGUAUCUAAUUUGAACUGAUAUUUUUGCGGUUUGUUAAUCUGUCUAUAUUUUCCACAAUCCAUAGCUACAAAAUUAGAUUGUUCUGUUUAAUCUUUAACUCAUCGAGGGUCAUGAAUUCAGUCACAAACAAGAGAAAAUCUGCAGAUGCUGGAAAUCUAAGCAGCAGCACACAAAAUGCUGGAGGAACUCCGCAGGCCGGGCAGCAACUAUGGAAAAGAGUACAGUCGACGUUUCAGACCAAGACCCUUGGGACCUGCCAAAGGGUUUCAGCCCAAAACAUCGACUGUACUCUUUUCUAUAGAUGCUGCCUGGCUUGCUGAGUUCCUCCAGCAUUUUGUGUGUGUUGUACGGGUCAUGAAUUAAUGGUUUAAUAUAUGUUUCCUAUGAGACGGUAAUUAAUUUCAAUCAUUGGGAACACGUAAGAUGUAUGAAAGCUUUAAACCUGAAUUCUGUAAUUUUUGUCUUGUAAUCAUUAUUGCAGUUGAUGCUAUAAUUUCUUAAACUGUGAGAUGCAAGAUUUUAAUUAAUGUUCAUAUAAUUCCUAGACAUUGAGAUCUUGGGAUAUAUGGUGGAUUCCAGUUAUUUGGGCCAUUGGUUAAUCGAGCAGCAGCUUAUUUGAGAACACUAUUAAAGAACAAAAACAAAUGGAGAAAAUAGCUGGUGUUGCCUUUGUUUAUUUGGGACACUGUACUGCUUAAUUGGAACAGGAGACUGUUGCAGAACAGUUUCUAACUAGCGUGUACUUGUGUGGCCAUUAGAAACUACGCCAUGCUGAGAGCAAACAGUUUUUAAAGGCACCGAUUCAAAAUGUCAUGAUUUUUGAUCGUUUUCUGCCAGGAAAUUUAUUGGUGGAUUAUGACACUACUUCAGGCAGGAAGGCAAUAGAGGCAAAGAAUUAUCCACACUUGGGUGUCCGCGCUGAUUUUGUUCAUUUACAAUUAAUAAAAGAGUACGACAAUGUACCCUGUUUAAUACCCCAUUGAUAACUAUUAGGAACUAGUACACGUUUAUAGUAGUAUUGGUAGUGUUCUAAUUUGUUCCAUAUUUCAUUUAAAUACAUAAUUAGUUACACAGUUAAAUGGUAGUUUGUCUUUUUUAUACCUUUUUAACUAUUUCCAUGACACUUCAGUUAAUUAAUGCACCCACUUGAUUGGACCAAAAUGUACAAAAUUAUGUGUCCUAAUUAACCGGAAUCCACUGUAUUUCCAUCUUAAUGUUUGCAAGUUGUGUCAAUAUUUGAGUGAUACCAGUGUUCUUUAUGGAGAUUAUUAUAUUGUGUCAUUCACCUGAUAAAGAACAUGGGUUUUAUAUCUUUGUACAACUAUAGGGAUCUACAUAUACUGUAUCUAUUGGGAAUAAUACUGUAUUAUUCAACUCUAAAUUAAACUUUCAUUUCACUGUA